AUGGGGAAAGAGGGUAAAAAGGUAAAGGGGGUAUUAGAAGGGGGUAGUGAAGAUAGGUUGGAUUACAAGAAUCCUAAAGUUGCAAGGGCCAGGCUCGCCGCAAACGCCAAAUCUGCACCGCAUUUCUUCGGAAACGGGGCUAGAACUAAUUCUUUUAUCGGGGAGACAACCAAGGAGAGUGGAUUUGAAUGUAACCGCAGAAAACCCGUAUUGGGACAGUUGGUAAAUCGAAAAUCGAGAAAGAUGACCAACAGGCGAGAUUGGAGCCUUGGCCCAAGACCGCCCGCCUGGACCACCCUCGACCACUCGACGCGGACACACGGCUCCUCCAUGGUCGAGUAG